UUUGAUCGGCCGCCCAAGAAACAUAUAAGCUAUCUCACUCACGGCUGGAAGCCUGUCAUGCCGAACUUUCGUCACUCAAUUUUAGCCCCCAACAUCUCUGGUUGCUUUACCAUGGAACCGUCUGCAGACGCUGGAGAAUCUGGGGAGAAACUGGCGCGAGUACGGACGAACAACUCUUACACAUUCCAAGGCCAACGGGGCUGGCGACAAUGGCGAUUCCUCAACCCAGGACGUGGUAUGUAUCACGAUGUUAAGAGACGAUUGCCUUACUAUUGGAGCGAUAUCGCCGAUGCAUGGACGUACCGAACCUUCGCCAGUACUGUACGCAUGUACUUUGUCAACUUGCUUCCCGCUAUCGCAUUCACGCUCGACAUGUACCGAAGAACUGGCGAAUUCUAUGGCAUCAACGAAGCAUUGCUGGCUUCGGCUCUUGCUGCCAUGGUAUUCAGUAUUCUCUCUUGCCAACCAUUGACAAUUGUCGGUGUCACUGGACUGAUCUCGCUUUUCAACUACACCAUCUACGAUAUUGUCGAACGGUAUGACGUUACACUGUACCCACAAGUCAUGGCAUGGACGGGAAUUUGGGCAGCGAUUUUCCACUGGAUCGUCGCAGUGGGUAACUAUUGCGACUAUAUGGGCUAUAUCACCGAUUUCUCGAGCGAGUCUUUCGGCAUGUACGUCGGUAUCAUAUACAUGGUAAAAGGAGUCGAGGAACUCGUCAAUGAAUUCGCUGUCUCUGGCAAUGCUGGCGGCUAUCUGACGUGCCUCGUCGCAAUCCUCUACUUCGGCUCUGUAUACAGCAUUGAAAAGCUGGGGUCGAGCGUUUUAUGGAAGCCAUGGUUUCGUAGCCUGCUUGCGGACUACGCCUAUGUCGCACCCACCCUCUUCUGGGUCGGAUUCUCUCAUAUACCAGGCACACUCAAGAGCACGCACAUCACCUUCGUGCCUACAACAAAAGCAUUCCAACCUACACAGCCUCGUAACUGGGUAAUCGACUUCUGGAAUCUAGACGUCGUGUGGGUCUUUGUGGCACUGCCUUUCGGAUUCCUAACCAUGUUACUCUUCUACUAUGAUCACAACGUGAGCAGCCUCACGGCGCAAGCGCGCAAUUUCCCACUCAAAAAACCCGCGGGCUUUCACUGGGACUUCUUCCUCUUGGGCUGCACCACCUUCGUCGCUGGCGUCAUCGGCCUACCCAUGCCCAAUGGUCUCGUACCUCAAGCACCCGUUCAUACCGAUUCUCUGACGGUCUACGAAACCCAUCUCGACAUCGUCAAAACAGUGGACUCGGACGAAACUGAGAGUCGCAGGCCACGCAUAGAAGCUACAGCUGUCGUUGAGCAAAGAAUGUCCCACUUCAUCAUGGGUAUGGCGCUCUGGGGAACCAUGACGGGACCGCUUCUCGUGGUGCUGCACACCAUGCCCUCUGCUGUUUUCGCAGGAGUAUUCUUCCAUGUCGGCUGGGGAUCUAUAGAGUCUAACGGUAUCCUCCAAAAACUCGUCUAUCUCCAGUCCGAGCAGCGCUUCAUUCAGCCCGGCAACCCGCUCAAGCGUAUCGCCGGUCGCAAGAUCAUGCUCUACGUUCUGCUUCAAAUCCUCGGUGUGGCUGUCACAGUCGCAAUCUCCCAGACUAUCGCCGCCAUUGGGUUUCCCGUGCUCAUUAUUGCACUUAUCCCACUUCGCACGUUCGUCAUGCCGAGAUGGUUUACUUUGAAGGAGUUGUCUGUCUUGGAUGCGCUAACGGCCAACAACAAAGCCGUGGUGGCAAGUCUCGGUGGUCGUCCGAGAAAGAUGCGGGAAUGGGCUGGAGAUGAGGAGGAGCAGGAGGUUGCUGACGGGGAAGGCGGUAUUGAAACAGGGGUGGUGAAUAAAUAG